AUGGUUAUUGACAACAUUUAUGGAUAUAACACCGCUGGUCGCGCUGGGCCCUCUGGCACAAGCGUGGUAUUUCCUCUGGAUCUAGAUCAAGUGUCGACGAUCAUCCCCGAGGAACCAAUUACACGGCAACUCACCUUGAGUGAUCUGGGUACCGACUGUCCCCAAACAGAAGCUGAAUCGGUGAUCGCAACCGCAGCACCUAAUGGCCGAUGUGAUCCCAUUCUUGCAGCCCCUAAGCCUGUCAAAUCUUGGGCCUCACCUUGCAACGCAUGUGGAAAUUUCGGGCUCUUCGAUCCUCCAUACGCGGUAGCUCCACUGACUGGAGGUCUUGUGCCUGAAACAAUAACCACCUCGAUGACACAGCCUGAGAUCACAACGACCACAAGCACGUCUUCACAUGUAGACGAGACAAAAGCGCCUACAGAUGAGACAACGACGUCUACGGAUGAUACAACGACGUUCAUAUUGGAGACUUCCCAAGCCACUUCCGAAGUGACUUCCUCUUCGGACGCUCCUUCGUCAUCCUCUGACAUCUCUUUCUCUUCUUCCGAGACCCCAUCUCCAACGACAACGGCUGAGACUGUCGCCACUUUCCUCGCGACAGACACGGUCUCAUCUGACACAAUGUCUAGCACAAUUCCUUCUAGCCUGUCGACCGCGAGUGAGCUCAUUCAUUCGUCUUCUUCUAGCCCAAGCGCAAGCAUGAGCACACCAGCAACUGCUGCGGGCACAAACAAGAUGAUCGGCGGGCUUGCAUGGUGGAUGUCAUGUUUUGCUGCAUCCGUGCUUCUGCUUUGA